AUGGUUGCAGGUGCUUUUCAUGUAUUAGUUUAUGCUGUUGCUCUUCAGAUGAUCUGGAGUGAUGGAGAACGCACUUUUGUUGGGCGCACACGCAAUGACAUUAACACACUACAUCACCGACUUUUGGACAUGUUUGGCGAGGAACGGCGUGAAAUGAAGCAGGCGCAGGAUGUCAAUGCUGAGCAGCCAGAGUCGGCAUGUUCCUCUCGAACAGCAUCUCCCACUGCCACUGACUCAAAUGCAACACCGACCCCAGCUGUCGGGACAUCUGCGUUACGGAUAUUGCCUUACUUCUCUAUGGAUUGUUCUCCAGCUGCCGUCAUACAAUACAUAAAUGCUCUUUCUGAUUUGCCAGCUCGAAUGAUGUUGAGUUCUGUGAUAUACGAGCAAUUUUUCGCAUCUCGACUUAGCUCCGAAGAAUUAGAGGUAGCAGAGCGCUCAAUACCAACUACUUCUCCAUCUCUUCAACGUUACACACAUCCAGUUUCCUCUCCGGUAAUUUAUCCCGUAGCCUCAGCAGCUCUUGCGUACAGCUCUCGUGGUGCAGGGAUCCAGGAAUCCAGUUUGGAGCGGAAGGAUGAAGUCCCAACUCAAGAAAACAUUACUCAUACUCAGGUGCAAUUUCCAUCAUGUAGCAGUUGUGCGGGUCCUCAUGCUUUUGUUCAAUGCCCCAAGGAUACUCAUUUUCAAAAGGACGGUACAUUCCGUUUGGAUUUCGGCGGUGGCCACCACGACAGUACGUGUCCAAGUUGUUCAGCGGUUGCCAUGUCGAUGGCAACGGUGGGACAGCGUCCUACGGGAGUUGAGCAUUUUCCCAACGUACAACCAGGUAUGGUACCACAGGCAACAAUGGUGCCGUUGGUUCCCGGAAUACCUAUGUUAACAAGACAUCUGCAACCAUACGUUUUCCGUCAAACACCUCCGACAUCACAGCCGCAUCCACAUUUAUGA